CGUGAACUUUCGAGAAGUGCGGUGUUCGCGAAUUUUGUGUUAAAUUUUCAAAUGAUUUAGACUGAUGAUAAUUAUUAAAAAUCAGAAUGGCUGGUGAAGAAACUUUUACUCAAGUAUACAAUAAUGAAAUGCCAAUUCCAAAAACAAGGUACGAUUGGUAUCAAACGGAAACCCAUGUCAUAGUUACAAUUCUUACGAAGAAUGCACAAAACGUUAAAGUUGUCUGUGAGAAACACACGUUAAGCGUGUCUGCUUUGUUACCAUCGGGAAAUGAAUAUAGUCUGGAGUUAGAUUUAGCUCAUCCCAUAGUACCAGAUCAGUGCCUGCAUAAAGUAUUUCCAUCUAAAAUAGAAAUCAAGUUGAAGAAACAAGAUGGGAUUAGAUGGAAUGUCUUGGAAGGAAACCCAGUCGAACAAAGCUUACCGCAACCUAUACCUCAAGAAAUUCUACAAGCUGGUAAUCAACCACCAAAAUAUCCUACUUCUUGUAAGAAGCCACGCGAUUGGAAUAAGAUGGAAAUGGAAAUUAAAAAACAAGAAGCAGAAGAAAAACCAGAAGGAGAAGCUGCUUUAAAUGCAUUGUUUCAACAAAUAUAUGGCAACAGCUCGGAUGAAGUUAAGCGUGCGAUGAAUAAAUCUUUUCAAGAGUCUGGUGGUACAGUCUUAAGUACUAACUGGUCCGAAGUAGGCAAAGGGAAAGUUGAAAGCAAACCACCAGAUGGUAUGGAAUGGAAGCCUUGGAAUGUGUAAACCAAUUAACAUAACUGUUAUUUAAAUUACUUA